AUGUGGCAUCCUACGCCUUCACUCACUGACUUUGUGGAUGCCGUGCAGAGUGCGCAUGAGAGGCUUGCAGAUCGAAGCACCUCUGGCAAGCAGGCCAGGAUGGAAGGGAAAAGUGCGGCUGCAAGCGCGCUGAGCGCCAUCCCGGGGUUGAAUUCGCUUUUGCAACCUCUCAAGCCAUCUGAGGGCACCAAAUCUCAUCAGUUCACUGGAGGACACAAGGGAGACUUCGCGAAAGGGGGUCGCUGA